UCCUUUUCGGAGUCAACAAUAUGGCUGGGGCGAAUGCGACCCCUCGGAUCGCUUGCAAAGCGCUCGGAUUCCCAAGUUUUGGUGGCUCCGAAUCUCUGGCAGAGGCCUCUACAUGGAGUGUUGGAUCCUGAUUUUCUAGAAUUGGAAGGGUCUUGAGGAGAUGAAAGACGUGUCAUGGGGACUGAUCAUAGGGGUGACAAUAGGGGUGGUGAUUGGGCUGCUUUUGGCUACAGCUGCUCUCUUCUGCAUUAGGUUUCGGAAGCAGCAUGCGCAGAUAGGGAGUAGCAGUUCAAGGAGGCCUUCGACCAUCCCCCUGCGUGCCAAUGGUGUUGACACUUGUACAGAACUCUCGGACUCGACUGCGGGUCAGGAGUCCCCCAAAUUCGCUGAGGAAGCGAGCACGUCCUUGUGGUUGGAGGGACCUCAGAGAAAGAAUUUGGUCUCAGUUUCUGGGAUUCCCAAAUACUGUUACAAGGACUUGCAAAAAGCAACUAGUAAUUUUACAACGUUGCUAGGUCAGGGAGCAUUUGGUCCUGUUUAUAAAGCUCAGAUGUCUACUGGUGAGACAGUUGCUGUCAAAGUGCUUGCUACUAAUUCUAAGCAAGGGGAGAAGGAGUUUCAAACUGAGGUUCUACUUCUUGGGAGAUUGCAUCACCGGAACCUUGUCAAUUUGGUGGGUUAUUGUGCAGAGAAAGGACAACAUAUGCUAAUAUAUGAGUACAUGACUAAUGGCAGCCUCGAUUCUCACUUGUACGGUGAAAAGCAUGAAGCAUUGAGCUGGGACUGGAGGAUUACUAUAGCUCUAGAUGUUGCUAGAGGCUUAGAGUAUCUUCAUGAUGGGGCUGUUCCACCUGUAGUGCAUCGUGACAUCAAGUCUUCAAACAUAUUAUUGGACCGGUCCAUGAGAGCUAGGGUUGCGGACUUUGGGCUUUCAAGAGAAGAAAUGGUUGGCCAUCAUGCAUCUAUCAGGGGAACUUAUGGUUACCUCGAUCCAGAGUAUAUAUCAUCAAAGUCAUUCACCAAGAAAAGUGAUGUAUAUAGUUUUGGCGUUUUAAUAUUUGAGUUGAUCACAGGCAGGAACCCACAACAGGGCCUUAUGGAAUUUGUUGAGCUUGCUGCAAUAAAUGCUGAGGGAAAAAUUGGGUGGGAGGAAAUAGCAGACUCCCGGUUGGAUGGUAUAUUCGAUGUUCAAGAACUAAAUGAUGUGGCAGCCCUUGCAUACAAGUGCAUCCGCAGAAUCUCCAGAAGGCGACCUUCCAUGAGAGAUGUGGUCGAAGCACUGACCCAUGUUGUGAAAGCAAGACACAGCAAAAAGCACCACAGCAAGCAGUCCUUGCCUCUCUCGGCAGAGGAAGAAUCCACAGAUCAAGAACCAUCAGAUCUUCAGACUUCGUUUUUUGAACAUUACAGAGGGGAGUCGGUUGACAGCUUAUCUGAUUUGCCUGAUGUUUGAAAGACUUCUUCAUCUAUUUGUUCUUUGUUCUCUUUUUCAUAUUCUUUUCCUGUUGAUAGUUUUUGCCCAUUACAUUGUUGGGCACAAGGGAAAAAAAAUGCGCUAUUGUAACUUUAAGGGUUGAUGGGGUGGGACUCAGAAAUGUCCCAUGGAUUUUGUUGUCUUUGUAAUAUAAGCCAUUCCUGUAAUCAUGUUGGUCUGCGAUAAGAAAUGAAAAGUGGCGCUGUUUCAUGGUUUUGACUUGGUGA